CGUUCAACAUGGCGGGAAGACUAUCGUGCGCUAGUUCCGACAAGGAAAUUCAUCGUUUUGUCACACGCGAACAGAUCGGCUUUUUGCACGGUCGGUUUCGAUUGCAGAACGACCGACUUACGCUGGUGGAGCUGCGCGAACUGUUGAGCGGAAUCGGGCUACACUAUACCGACGAGGAGUACCGAACCUUGUGGCUGCAGAUAAACACCGACCACGAUGAGUACUGCCAGUGGGAUGAGUUUCUGAGCUAUCUGAUCCUUGGCUUUCAGGACGAUGAUCCGUUGGCGGUAAAGCAAUCGCUUGAUCCACCCAUUUCGGACGAGCUGUGUCUGAAGUUGCGGCGCCAGGUGUACAACAUCAUCAAGAUCGACUUUUGCCCGAUGGUGUACUACGAUGGAAGCGUUAGCUGGUCGCAAGGACACUGGAUCACAACGUCUCGCGAGGGUGUGAUACAGUUCUGGACCGAGGACUGGAAACCGGCGAUGACGGCACGAUCGGUUCCUUCGAACUUAAAACGCUCGAAAACGUGGGUUCUCGAAACGGUUCCCCUGCCGGAUAUGAGCAUGUUCUGCGUCGCUGGACUGGAAACGGAGCUUCGGUUCUACGAUGUCGUUGCGUCGUCCUUCACGCUGAAGCUGGUUAUCGAACGACUGCCGCAUCCGAUCAGUGCAAUGGCGUACCGAUUUAACCAUCACGAACCGGGCAAGCUAAUUACCGGCGACUACGACGGUCAUAUCCGCUUGUUUGAGUUUCAUCCCGAACGAAAGGCGACAUCAUCGAGCGAAACAUACUCGGCCAUAGCGCGCGUAACUCUGCAGGACGUACUACAUGGGAAGUAUCCACCCCUGGAAGGUACAGAUUACGGGCGGCUUCUGCCCGACAUAGUACGCUCUGUGCAGUUCAUCGAAAGUCUGGGAAGUUUUAUAGCGUGUGCGGAAGUGAAUCCGCUAGCUUCCACCCGCGGACGAUCGCGCGAGGAACAACCCUGCAGCAUGGUACUGCAUCCGCUAGAAAUGCCUCCUUCCGCAUCGGUAACGAAAUUUUACGUUCCCCGAGGUGUGACGUGUUUCGCGUUCGAACCGUCCAACGAGCUGCUGGUGUCCGGAGGACCGGAUUGUGAUCUCCGGCUGUGGGAUAUCCACCGACCGGAUAAGCCAUCCGUCGUGCUGGUAGGACACACGUCGAGCAUUACGUUUGUUUUCCUGCAAGACGCUGCCGAGAAGAUUUACAGCCUGGAUCAGAAGAAGAUCAUCAAGGUGUGGGACGUGCGGAAUCGCGUGCUGCUGCAAACGUUUAGCCAGUUUUCGACCGUUCUUGUGAAAGGCGUUCCGGCCUGCGCGUACUACAAUGCGCGUGAGCGAGAGCUAGUGGUAGCGAGCAACAAGCUGUUUGUAACGGCCUGCUGUCCGGAGAUCGCACUCGACCGUACGGAUGGUGAUAGCCACACCAAACCCGUGUCGGUUCUGUUGUACAACGAGCUGUACCAGCUGGUUGUAAGCUGCGGGUUCGACAGCUUCAUCAUAGUGUGGGACCAUCGGUUGAACCGGAAGAUGACCAUCAUCACAGAGGCGCACACGCAGGUCCGCAAUGGAGUGCUCGAACCGGUGGAGAUUACGGCCGGAUGCUUCGAUGGGAAGCAGCAGCUGUUGCUGACCGGUGCUCGCAACGGUUCGAUGAAAAUCUGGAACAUUAGCGGCCGAACGUGCAUGCGCACAAUACAGAUGGAUGACGACUGUGAGGUGACGGCCGUCUUUUGGCAAGCCAAUCGUAUACUGGCGAUGGGCUGGAACCAUCGGGUGGUGGAGUAUGCCGCCUUCGCGGAGAACGAUGAGUAUCCGCGAGGAUUGCAGUGGCGGAAGCUGCAUUCGGACGACAUUCUUUGUGCGGCGGUCAGUGGUACAACGCCCGGCGUGAUGGCUACCUCCAGCUAUGCGGGUGAACUCGUGUUUUGGAUGCUCGAGACGGGGCAACCGUACCGCCGGUACGAUGCAACCAAUCCCCGUUCACGCAUACCGAUCCUGUUCCGCGAAGGACCCGAAUCAAAACCACGCAAACUGACACCGAGACGGUCGAUCUUUCUAGCAUCGACUGGCAGCUUGCAGCAGCGUCGUCUGUCCCGAAUCCAGAUGCCAUCGGGUUUGGAGCAGAUGCGGCGACUUUCGAUACAGUCGUUGCUGUUUCUUCCGUGCCGUCCGAUGAUGGCCGACCACGGGACAAUGGUCGGUUCGCUGGAUAAUGGGACGGUGCAGGUGUGGUCGCAUCAUGCGCACGGAGGAUUUAAAGCGCAGUUCAACGGAAUCCAUAUGGCCGGCGAUCGGAUAAUUACGAUGGCAACGGAUAAGGCGAACAGGUUCCUGUUUACUGGCACCGCGCUCGGAUACGUGAAAACGUGGUACAUCGAAAAUUGUUGGAUUCCGGAGGAAGACAAAUUUCACGUGAACAAACCCGCCCUAAGAAUACUGUUUCCCUUCCUGCUGAAUGAUGUGGUACCGGGCCGUGCCAAACGUUCCGCCCGUGCACAGCCCAAACCCUGGCUGCUUAACUCAUACCAGGCCCAUCGGACCUGUGUGACCGGACUGGUCUAUCUGGACGCUACCGGUGUGCUGCUGAGCUGCAGCAGUGAUCGCACGAUAAGGCUGUGGAGUCUCGGUGGGCGCUACAUUGGUCUGCUGGGCAGUCCGGUCAGCUGGGAACCGUUAGCAACCGACCUACCACUCCCUGAGGGAUAUCGUUUCCGGAUUCCGCCGGACCUGCAGCGCGAGGUAAGCUUUACCACGGCGAAAGUGUUACGAGGAGGCAAGGAUUUCCCCCGAAUACGGACCAAGAGCGGCGGUACUGGUGGUGGUCUAGCGGGAAGCGUAAUCGUGGAACGACAGAAGCAGAUACCGCCGAUCGAUACGUACGGUAGCGCACUGGUCGAACCAAUGCUGAACAUCGCCGUGCUGAAGCUGCCAUCUAAAGAACCCAGGCUGCGGACGAUAAAGUUGGAACAAACGUAUCCCUCGUUGCCGCUGUACGGGCACAUGGUAGAGUUUCCGAUAAAAACGCUAGCAAACUCGACAGCCGUUGAGCUGUUGCUGGAGAAAACAAAAAUGUUGCAAUUUAAGGAAGCACCAGCGGAUCCCGACACCGAGGAGAAAUCGAAAGACGCUUAAUUUGAAAGUAAUCUCAAGUUGAGUAGAUUUUUAUUGAUGUAUUUGGACGCCUCGUCAGUCGCGUUACGAUUCGCAGCUGUACGAUUAAAUUGUUUGCCGCGAACCUAGAAACCCCGUUUCUAUCUAAUGCUCUUUUAAUGCAUUGUACGAGUACAACGCGCC